GCCAGCCAGCGGCGGCACACAGCGCAUGUCCGCAGCGGGGUCGUCACGUUGCGCAGCUCCCUCCAAUCAACACAAACUUUCCUAACACAGAUUUGUAAGAUGGCGACCGCCGAACCGGAAACCAACCCAAGUCCAACCCAGCCUGAUGAAGUUGGAGCCGAGGAGAGCGGACAGGAGAUUGUGAGCCCAGAUGCCUACAUCAAACACCCCCUUCAGAACAAAUGGUCUCUGUGGUUCUUCAAGAAUGACAAGAGCAAAACAUGGCAGGCCAACCUGCGACUCAUCUCUAAGUUUGACACGGUUGAAGAUUUCUGGGCUCUCUACAACCAUAUCCAGUUGUCAAGCAACCUCUUGUCCGGCUGUGAUUACUCCCUUUUUAAGGAUGGCAUUGAACCCAUGUGGGAGGACGAGAGGAACAAGCGCGGCGGGCGCUGGCUGAUCACACUCAACAAGCAGCAGAGGAGAUCAGACCUGGACCGCUACUGGCUGGAAACUCUCCUGUGCUUAGUUGGAGAGGCCUUUGACGACUACAGCGAUGACGUCUGUGGAGCCGUGGUCAACAUCCGCACAAAAGGAGAUAAAAUAGCCGUCUGGACAUCAGACUACGAGAACCGGGAUGCUGUGACGCACAUAGGGAGAGUUUACAAGGAGCGCUUGGGGCUUCCCUUGAAGAUGUCUAUUGGCUACCAAUCUCACGCAGACACAGCCACCAAAAGCGGUUCAACCACCAAGAACAAAUAUGUUGUUUGAGAAAUGCCCUACGUGCCUCUUUUAAUUUUCUUGUCUUAUUUGUUGUUGGUGCAUAUGUUUACUUUGCUGCAAAGACUCUGCGGAAUGCAAUCUGGAAGACAGAACCCAGUCCGAGGCUACAUGCCAAAUGUUUCCAUAACCUGCCCAGGACUUGAACCACAGGGAGGGAAAAACCCAUGGGAAAACCGAUGAACACGAAUCUUCCAAAACACUAACAAUGAGAGGUAUCAAUAGUGGAUGAGAUUUAGAGUGCUGUAUACUCUACUAAAGAAAUUUGUGUUGAUUUCUUUUUUUUUUAAUUCAGGGAAUCCUGAAAUGCAAAAAAAAUGUAUAUUUCUCUCCCAUUUUCUACAGCAUUGUGUGUUUGCUGUAAUCCUUAAUGACAUUAAACUCUUUUAAUUUAUUAAUAAUUUGCCUGCAUAUUCUUAGAUUAGACCUUUGUUUUAAGCUUUUUUUUUUUUGCCUUGAACUGUUGCACGUAAUCAACCUUUUUAAAGUAUUUCAUGACUCAUAUUCAUUUGAGUGUUAAUAUAAUUAAAACAUUGGUUUUGCAAUUAUUAGUUGUUAAAUUGUGUAAUACUUUUUUGCAACCUGUAAUUGGUACAUUCCUUGUUAUAAAUGAUUUGCUUUAUGACUUGCAGUGGUGCUGUAUUGUAGGAUAUUGACCUUGAGUGAGGAUGUUCACAGUAAUCAGUCCAGCAGUUUUCUACAGGUGGUCUUCAUUCCCUCUCUAUUAAAUAGGAAUACUAGAGGAGAUUUCAACCAAUCUCAGAGAAAACGGAAAAUCCCUCCCUUAGCUCCCAGGUAGCUUAGGAUUCUCCAUAUCCGGUGUCAAAGUGCCAAAUUCAAGCACACCCCCACCCCCAUCCCAUCAUCCCGAGAUCCCUUAAAAUGUCAGUACAAAAAGAACUUUGAAAGAAAAGGUUACUUUGGGCAACAUGGCUCCCCAUCUCAGUUCAUUGCCACUUUUAAAAUGUCACUUCAGUAUGACAAAUGUCAUCACGUUCUCAAGGAUCGGCAUUCUUUAAGCCAGCAGGCGAAACAUCCACAACUAGAUCCUUCUUGAUCUAAUGAAGCAUUAAGUGACUGUAGAAGCUUCAUUAGGUUCUCGUUGAAGUUCUGGCAUGGUUGUGGUAGUAACCUUUAAAGGCCAAGCAAUUUAGAUGCUUUGCAAGCACACAUCUAAAUGAUAAACACAAUAGUAAGGAAAAAAUAUGUUUAUACCACCUUUGUAGAGCAGACGUCACAAAGUGCCUCACAGUAAGUUAACCAGUAGAACCAAAUGAUGUGGAGAACGUCCACUGUGCAAUAUAUUGUGAAUGAGGGGGAAAAUGAAACCAUUCUACAAAUCCAUGCCAGGCCUGCUGCAUCAGACACUACACUGAAGCUGACCAUAUCUAUAAUAAAUUCACUUAAUAUAUAACUUCUUACCAGUGCAGAGGUGAAACAAAGAGUACACACUCAGUUACCAUUAAUUACAUAACAGAAAAUGGCCAAUGGACACAACACUGCUUUUCAUAAUAAAAGCACAGUGCUCAAACUUGUGUAUUACUUCAAAUUUAUUGAGUAAUAAACACACCCAUAACAUCUCAGCUUCAAUUCAAUAAACUUUUUACUUUUU